GUAUCAACAAGAGAGCGGGACGUCCAAACGCAACCCUCGAUUGAAUCCCGCCUUCGCAACCUCUUCUGUCACUCUCCAAUGACCAAUUUUCUGUACAAAGUUCCUCUGCGUCUCUUUGCUCAAGAUCUCCAGAAGUUUGCAGGGAACGACACCACAAUUGCCCGCAAAUUCCUCUCUUCUCUGUCUGAAAUCUCUGAAUCAACCAACAAUCGGACGAUCGACUACCUUGUUCAUACCCUUGGAUUCUCCAAGGACUCAGCUCUCGCCGCUGCGAAGCGAAUCCAUCUCAAAACUACUGCAAAUCCCGACUCUGUCAUUGCUCUCUUCAAGGCCUAUGGAUUCACACUGUCCGAUACUGCCAGCAUCUUUUGCAGAAAUCCUAAUCUCCUCCUUGCUGAUCCGGACACAACACUCAAACCUAAGUUUGAGUUUCUCUCUCGAAAUGGUUUCACCGGUCAUUUUCUCGUCGACGUAAUCUCUAGGGAUCCGUCAAUUCUUAGAAGGAGUUUGAAGAAGCAGAUUGUUCCGUGUAUUGAUUUUCUCAGAAAUUUUUUUGGCUCUACUGAUGGUGUAAUCUCGCUCUUUUCUGCUAGACGUGGGACUUGGGUUUUGCGAAACUUUUCAGAAUCUGUGGCUCCCAAUAUCGAACUAUUGAGAGCUAAUGGCGUGCCCGAUUCGAACAUCGCGAAGAUUUUUUGGGUGCGCCCGAGGACACUAGCAAGGGAUGCGGAAGAGUUCAGUGACAUCGUCGAGAAGACGAAGGAAGCUGGUUUUAAUCCUUCGAGCCCGAUGUUUACUUAUGGGCUGUGUACGUUUUUAGGGAUGAAAAAGGACAAAUGGUUGUCGAAACUGCAAAUUUUUACAAGUUUUGGGUGGUCAGAGGAGCAGUUUCAAUCUCUAUUUCUCAAGCAGCCCACGAUUAUGAAUUCGUCUGAAGAGCAAAUAAAGAAGGCCUUGGAUUUCUUGAUGAACAAAUUGGACUGGACGCACGAAGAAAUUUGCAAGUACCCAAAUGUACUUUAUCUUAGUUUUGAAAAGAGGGUGGUUCCGAGGUCGUCUAUUCUUCAGCACCUGAUAUCAAAAGGUUUUAUCAAGAAGACAAAUUUUGGCAGAGCAUUUAUGAUUAGCGAGGAUAAGUUUUUGGUCAAGUUUGUGAUGCAGUAUCUUUCUGAGUAUCCACAUCUACUUGAGAUGUACCAGAAGAAGAUGGCAGUUUUAUAAACGCUUGGAGUGCAAUUCAGGUAAGGGCAAAGCCCCCAUGUACGGCUGACGGUGAACGCUGCGAAGGCCAUGGAAGUUUUAGGAAGGGCUUGUAGUGUCGUAGGCGUCUUGUUUGGACUCUCUCAGAUGAUAGUUAUUGCAAUUAUUUCUUCUAGUUAUCUGUUGUUAUUUUUUAGUUAGGCUGUCGUUAUUGUUUUUCCCCAGGUAUGAACUAUUGUCGUUAUUGAGGUUGUCUUACAUAAACUUUCGUACUUUCAUGAUACGAGUACAAGGUAACGUCGCUAAUUAGGUUAGAGAAAAUUAGGGGGGUUACAUCUUAUUCUUCACACCCCACCAUUUUUCUUCAAGAUUCUCUUAAUGCGACCCAAAACUUCAGAUUAGCAUUUUUCUUCUUCCUCAGUGGUAUAAGAUGUUAUUCAUCCAAGAUCAUGAACUUCCUGUUAGCAACGAUAUUGUAAAUGGGAACAUUCUUGGUGAUUACGUUCAAGUUGCUUCCAAGUUUAGAGCUCAUACAGGGGUUGAAUGUUUCCAUAGUAAAUGUGUAAAUGCAUUAUCAAUCCUUUUCUGUUACUUCUGCUGCAGUUUGAUUAUCGUUUUGAAUCCAACACAAUAUAUAUUAGUUUGGUUCGACUUCACACAUAUUGUACUCACAUUUGCGUUCUCUGUGAUGAAUAUAUUCUUUUUUCAGGAGGAAAACAGGCAAAAUUUUGGGAAGUCCAGGUUUCAUGGACAUCAAUUUCUGGCAGGAUGGUCUUUGAAGAGAGAUUUGAGAUUCUGAGCAGGUUUUGUUGGGUAUUUUACCAAAUUUUGGGAUGCAGAGAUGAAUGUAUUGUACUCGACCUGCUGAUGGUUAAGUAGCUCAAAUUAUUCAUUAUAUUUUAGGAAUUAUAAUCUUUGGGGGUUGCUCGAAAUCUGUCAAAGACUUACUCUUACCCCAGAGUGGAUGACUCGAAUAGCUCGUAGCAUGAGGUCGUAUCUCUGGUAGCACCGAUGCUGGUCACAUGCUUCAAAGUGCAAAAGGGCGGAGGGAAUUGAAACAAGAAGAAGAUUGAAAUUCGAUCCGUGAAAUCUUCAAGACCUCUUCUCACUAUAUGUAGCUUUUGCGUGCUCCCGAAUCAAUCUAGACAAGACUCGAGACGAUAUGUCCGAUUGAAAAAAGAAGAGUUCUUUAUAGAUGAGUUGUAGCGAUGAAAUAAAAAA